AUGAAGCACAUUGUCAUUUGCCUCGACGGCACCGCCACCAGUUUCGGCUCGGGCCCCGCCACUAACGUGCUUCUUCUUUUCCGCCUCCUCGACCGCUCCAACAUCUGCUACUACCAGCCGGGCGUCGGCACGCUGUUUAUUGGCCGCCCCGACAUUGCGCCCCACACGCGCUUUUACACAAACUGGCAGGCGGCACACGCCCGCCUUGACGCCGCGUCGGGAUACCUGCUUCUGACGCAUGUCCAGGCGGCAUAUCUUUUCCUUGUGCGAUUCUACGAGCAGGGCGACAGGAUCGAGGUGUUUGGCUUUUCGCGCGGCUGCUUCACUGCGAGGGUGUUGGCCGGCAUGCUUGAGCAUGUGGGUUUGCUCCGGCGCGGCCUGGAGGAAAUGGUGCGGGCCGCCUGGGAAUUGUACGCGGGCUGGGAGGCGGCCGGGCAGCCCUACGAGGGAGCGAGCGCGCCCGCGCGCGCCGGCCGCGCCGAUCUUCUGCGCGAGUUUGGCCGCACCUUCUGCCGCCCGGCGCGCAUCCACUUCAUGGGCCUCUGGGACACCGUGGCGCUGGUGGGCCUUUUGCGCGAGCGCGUGUUUCCCUACACCAGCCGGAGCACGUUUGUGAGCCACGUGCGCCACGCCAUCAGCAUCGACGAACGCCGCUGUAAGUACCGGCAGGUGCCCUUCGAGGAGCCUGACCCAUGCGGCGCGCCAUGGUCCUGGAUGUCGUGGUGGCGCCGCAUUGUCGGCGAGCGCGAGCCCGCCGGUUGCUCCGACGACCUUGUGGAGCUUUGGUUUCCCGGCAACCACGGCGAUGUUGGCGGCGGCUGGCCCCAGGACGCCGAGGGGUACAAGAUGUCGGCGCUCCCGUUGAGGUGGAUUGUGGCCGAAGCCAUCAAACAUGGUGUCCGCUUUGCGCCGGGGACUGUGGCUGCGCUCAACACAGUGUGCCCGGUGGAGAAAUCUUUGAAGCUGUUGCACCACGACAUGCUUUCGUGGCGCGCGCCGAAGUACGUGGCGCCGCCGGCUUUGGGCGACUACGGCCUUCCCUUCCUGGCGGAGCGCGCUGAAAUUUCUGCCGGGCGCUCCGAAUCCAACUCGGCCCUGCCCGUUUCGCGCCUCGCGCGGCUUUUCCGUCGGGCGCCUGGGGCCGAGCUGGAAGAAACACUUCCUGGGAAGAUGCCCAGCGAUAGAACAGCCCUUCGUGCCGUUCCUACCUCAUACGGCGCCGCCGCCCAUGCUUCAAGCAGACGAAGGCUUCGCUCGCAGUCUGUCAGCUUGCCCAUUGCAAAAAGAGCCGUCGUGAAGCGACCAAAUUCCACAGGCAGCAGCACGUUGCGGCGCCUCGUAGAAGCACGCAAGGGCGUCUACACAUGGCCCAACGCCAAAAUCACCCGCCUCCCGUCGGCGCUGUAUGCAUUUGUGCGGCGCCAACCUGAUAAGCCACCCGAGAGUAAUGUCCAACCAGCCCUCCGCUUCAACGCCCGCGGCUCAAGUUCCAUAUUGGACACAAUUUUCUGGUGGCUCGUAGAACUUCUUCCUUGUACUACAGAGGUGGAGUGUCCAGAUGGCAUCUGGCGACGGCAGAUCAGGCCCAACUUUGGAGCCCUGCGCGCUAUCCCCGCCCAAGCCAAGUUCCAUUGGAGCCUCUUCUACCGUCUCCGCUAUGUCAGCGACUACACGCCCACCAAUCUUCCUACUGAUCUCGGCGCGAGGUUUGUAGAACUGAUCGAGCGCACCAUGAUGCUCCCCCAGGAACUCCGAGAGGACCUUUUGAAACUUGACGCGAGCACCAUCCGCACCAGCAAUAGUGCCAUCUGGAACAUCUUCCCGGACGACUUUGCGCAAAGAUGA